AUGGCAUCUUGUGGCGGCGCGGGCGAUGACGGCGGCCGCUCACCCCCGGCGGUGGUCUACGACGACCUGGUGGAGGUGCGCGAGCACGCGGCGACGCUGCAGACCAUGCUGCAGGGGUCGCCAAGAGUGUUGGACAUGGACGCGAGGGAGCUCGUGAAGGGGAUGAUGGCCAAGCUGUCCAGCGCUAUGUCGGUGUUUGGCUCCACCAGCGGCGGUGUGGAGGCGUCUUCUGGGAGGAAGAAGAGAUCAGCCACGGCGUCCGGGCCGCACCGCCGGAGCACCUCCAGGAGAAGGUCGAAGAGCCCUUUCAUCAGCAUGGUCACUGCUAGGACGCUCAACGAUGGCAAGACAUGGAGGAAGUACGGCCAAAAAUAUAUUCAUGCCUCUACUAACCCGAGGAGCUACUACAGGUGCUCUCAUAAGCCAGACCAAGGCUGCCAGGCCACGAGGCAGGUCCAGGAAUCCGAGUCCAACCCGUCGGAGUACAUCAUCAGCUACUACGGCCAGCACACCUGCAAGGACCCUUCCACGUUUCGAUCACUCUUCAUCCAAGGCGCCGCCGACGCUGCCCCGCCAGCAGACUGCUCAAAUCUCAUCAGCUUCACGUCGAUCAACGGCGCGGCUGCGAGCACGAGCACGAGCGCUUUUGCUCAUUGUGUCGUGAAAGAAGCGGUUGAUCUUCAUCCGAUGCUUUCCUCCCGCUUCUCCAACUACAGCUCCUCGCCGCCGGUGCAGGAAGGUGUGUCCAGCGGCUCGCCGUCGCCGGCUGGCCACGGGAAGUUCAUGCAGUACGCCGGCGGGCAGCUCGUCGACGUUAUUGACCAAAGGACGUCGCCGUUGACCGUGGGAUCAGCGCCGGCGGAGUACUGGCCGGUGGCGGGGGAUGCUGGCGCGGGCAUGGACAGCUUCCCUUCCUCGCCGUCGCCGAGCAGCCUUGGGUUCAUGUCGGGCUCGUUAGGGGGCUCAUUUGGCAAUAGCAUUUACGACGACGACCUGUUCGGCUUCGAUUCCUGA